AUGAGGGCGGAGGAGCCCCUGUCUCUCGCAGGGGCCGGGGGCGGCUGCGGAGAGGCGGAGGCUGCCGGGGAGGACCGGAGCGGGAGCGGCAGCUGCUGCAGCAGCGAGCGCCUGGUGAUCAACAUCUCCGGGCUGCGCUUCGAGACCCAGCUGCGGACCCUGUCGCUCUUCCCGGACACGCUGCUGGGGGACCCGAGCCGCCGGAUGCGCUUCUUCGACCCGCUGCGCAACGAGUACUUCUUCGAUCGGAACCGGCCCAGCUUCGACGCCAUCCUCUAUUACUACCAGUCCGGGGGCCGGCUGCGCAGGCCGGUCCAUGUGCCCCUGGACAUCUUCAUGGAGGAGAUCCGCUUCUACCAGCUGGGCGAGGAGGCCAUCGAGACCUUCCGGGAGGACGAGGGAUUCAUCCAGGAGGAGGAGAAGCCCCUGCCUCAACAGCACUUCCAGCGCCAGGUGUGGCUCCUUUUCGAGUACCCGGAGAGCUCUGGGCCGGCCCGGGGCAUCGCCAUCGUCUCGGUGCUGGUGAUCCUCAUCUCCAUAGUCAUCUUCUGCCUGGAGACCCUGCCCGAGUUCCGCCAGGAGAGCAAGGGCGCAGCGCCGGGCUUUGCGGAGGGCGCGCACCGGGAGGACCAGAUGUUCUUGCUCGCUGAGCAGCCAAAUGGCACCCCGUCUCCGAUGCACCCCUCUCCCAGGGCAAACCCCUUCUUUACCGACCCCUUCUUCCUCAUCGAGACCCUGUGCAUCAUCUGGUUCUCCUUCGAGCUGCUGGUGCGCUUCUUCGCCUGCCCCAGCAAGCCCGAGUUCUCCAGGAACAUCAUGAACAUUAUAGACAUCGUGGCCAUCAUCCCUUACUUCAUCACCCUGGGCACCGAGCUGGCUCAGGAGCAGCAGCAAAAACAGCAGCCUAGGACCACCAUUAACAACAACGGGGGCCAGCAGCAAGCCAUGUCCCUGGCCAUCCUCAGGGUCAUCCGCCUGGUCAGGGUCUUCAGGAUCUUCAAGCUCUCCAGACACUCCAAGGGGCUGCAGAUCCUGGGGAAAACCCUCCAGGCCAGCAUGAGAGAGCUCGGUCUCCUCAUCUUUUUCCUUUUCAUCGGUGUGAUCCUUUUCUCUAGCGCCGUGUAUUUUGCUGAGACUGAUGACCCAGAAUCUUUGUUCACCAGUAUCCCAGAUGCUUUCUGGUGGGCAGUAGUGACCAUGACCACUGUGGGCUACGGAGACAUGUACCCUAUGACAAUCGGGGGCAAGAUCGUGGGCUCCUUGUGUGCUAUCGCUGGCGUGCUGACCAUAGCCCUGCCUGUACCUGUUAUCGUGUCCAACUUCAACUACUUCUACCACCGAGAAACUGAGCAGGAGGAGCAGUGCCAGUACACCCAUGUCACCUGUGGCGAGCAGCAAUCUCCUUUCUCGGAGCCUAAAAAGGGGGGCAGUAAUCAGUCCCUCAGUAAAUCAGAAUUUCUGGAGGCAGAAGAUUUAGAAUCUAUGAAAUAUCCCAACUUCAUUCCAACCAGCAAUCAGGGCUACAGAGGGAAGAAAAUGCUGACAGAAGUGUGA